AUGUCCAGCCCAACAAACUCCGAUGCCGGCUCUUCGGCAGGCCUGGUUUCUAAUUUCCGACAGGCAGCAAACGAAACCUCGCAGCCCGGCAGCGAAGUUGGCAUUUCCCGCAUUUCGUUCUGCCGCACCUACUACCUCGACGACCUGGAAGAUGAUCCGCAGUGGAUGGCCAAGCUCACGGUGCACUCUCACGAGCUUCACGUGCUCUCGGAGUUUAGGCUACGGGAUCUUAGGGUCGAGGAUAUCCUCUCGGCGAUGGCAUUUCGCCCUCGCGGCCACCGGGUGUGCUACUAUCACGCCCAUAAGCCGCAACAUGGUAUCAAUGCCAUCUACGACAACAUGCCGUUGAAGGGCUGGUGGCCCUGGCCAAAAGAGGAGGAGGCAGCGGGCGAGACAGAGGACGACACAGAAAACGAAGCAGAAGUUUAG